AACAUGUCUUCAAUUGCUCAGAAUCACCCUAUGUUCCACAACAUGCCAGAAGCAGCGAGGCAAGGUUAUCAGAUGAUGGCAGUUGCUCAAGCAGCUCAACAGAAAAUAAACUACAGUGCUUCUCUAGAAGAUGGAAAAUCUGGGUCUGUUGGUCCUGCUGCUAAUACCACAGAGGAACAAAGGAAGACAAGAGGAACAACAGGGAAAAUAAGUGGUGGGAAUGGUGGGCAGUCGAUUGCUUUCUCUAACAAACACGAUUUAGCUGAUGCAUCUGUUUCUGCUGUCACGAGUGGUAGCAUUGUAGAUAGCUCAUCCCGUUUGCUCAACCUUGGUUCUGCUCUGCCACAGAGUUCGGGUUCUAUGACCACAUCUCAUCAUCAUCACCAGCAACAACUACAACUACAACAACAACAGCAACAGCAGCAGCAUAUGCAACGGAGUCAAUCACAGCAACCUUAUACCAUGUAUCUCCAGAAGCAGCAGCGCUAUGCAACUUCAGUCGCUGCUUCUGCUGCUAGAACCAAAGGGCCCGUGGCAAGUAAUGGGAGUGGUUUCCCUGAUCACAAUAUCACCACGUCACCUGCGGGAACCACCAAGUUUGCAAAUGCUAAUUCAGGGUUCCCCCAGAACCUUGUCCAGUCGAGCAACAAUCAGGUGCAGUCUUCUCAGUGGAAAAACAAUUCACCCAGGACAUCAAAUACUUCCCAAGCUCAGUCUCCUUCGAUUCUGUCACCAUCAUCAUCAGUUGCUGCUGCAUCGUCCCUUAGAAACGUCUCGCAUAAACAGCAAAGCCGUCCCCAGCAAUCGCAGAUAUCUUUUGCAGCAAAUACAAAACCAAUGGGUUCUGGUUCACCAAUGCAGCAGGUGCAAGGAGGUACCAACCACCAGGCUCCGUCUCCACCAAUGAUAGUUGGGUCGCCUUCAACGUCUUCUGUCUCCAAAAACGCCAGUGGAAGCCCAAGAACAACUGCUUCCGCUUCUUCGGGGGCGAAUAAAGCUGGACAAGCUUCAUCUACUACUCAUUCAUCAUCUCAGCAGUCUAAGAACUUGCAGUCUGCAUCCGUAGCGUCAUCUACUGGUGGAAGGAAUAACGGUCCUUCUGUUCUCGGAAACCCCACCACGAGCUCUGGAUCCAAGUUGCAACAACAGCAGCAGUUGCCAAAGCAUGGGUUGCAGCAGCAAGCACAGCUUUUCUUCUCGAACCCUUAUAUGCAAGCCCAACAUCAACAUCAACAGCAACAGAUCACUAUAUCUCCUUCUGGUGGGUAUUACAUUCAAAGACAUCAGCAACAGUCAGGUUCAGCACCUGCUGGUGCAGCCACAUGUCUUCCAGUCACAGGAGCCGUUACAGCAACUUCGGAUCCAGCGAAAGCCAUUGCGGCUGCAGCAGCUGCCAAUAACAUGAAAGGAGGUGGUAUGGGGAAGACGCCUCCAGGGUUCCCGGAUGUGCAUGCGGUUCCCUCUGCUGUUCAGGUGAAACCCGUUGAUCAAAAGCAACAAGCGGGUGAGUGAAAGACCCUUAAAACCCAUUUGCGAACUUGAAAGACUCUGAAUGGGGGUUGGGAAGUUCCGGUUAUAUAGCUUGCGCUGGCGAAAAGAAAGAAAAGGACUUUGGAGUCGGAGAAAUGUAGACGGAACAGAACACCCACGAGGGAUGACAAUUUUUUGGAGUUGGUGGUGCUUUAUAAAAGCAUUUGUGUACAAUUAGUGUUUAUAUUAUUCUGACAGGAACCUGCGGUUUCAUUUCCAAAAAAAAGAACAAAAAAAAGUCACGAAGUUCUAAUUUAAGAAAAAAUUUAUUCAUUCUUCUC